AUGAGCAUAUGUUUAGUGGCUGAUUUUGAGAAAGUUUGUCGUAUUUGUAUGAAAUUCGAUAAAACAUUUCUAUCGAUUACCACAUUUAAAAUAAUUGACAUGUUAAUAGCAUGUACUUCUGUACAGAUUUGGGAAAACGAUGCUCUACCAAAUCAAAUAUGUCACGAUUGUUUUCUUCAAUUACAAAAUACAAUUCAUUUCAAGGAAUUAUGUGAAAAUUCAGACCAGACAUUUCGUCAAAUUAUUCAGGAUAAUAAAAUUGAUUUAUCAAAUAACCAAAAUGAUUUUAAUAACGUAAAAAAGGAAGAAUUUGAAGAUUAUGCUGAUGAUGAUUCUCUAAUAGAUAUAAAAGAAGAAGGUAUUCCUGAAAAUACCGCAAAUGAAAAUACUUUGGAAAACAUCAAAAUUGAAAGUGGCCACAAUGAAUGUAAUCAAUCAGAAACUAAAGAAGAAAAUAAAACGUUUAAUUGUGAAAAGUGUAAUAAAGAAUUUAAAAAAAUACAGAAUCUGGGCCAACAUAUGAACCGCGAACACAAAGUUAAAGCUUUAAAUUGUAAUAAAUGUGAAUUAAAAUUUUAUCAUCCACUACAUUUAAAACAGCAUCAGGAAUUAACACACAAUCCACUGAACCUUACGUGUAAUAAAUGCCACAAAGUAUUUAAAAAUAUUUAUAUAUUAAAAGAUCACAAACUGAAACAUUUAACUAAAUCAGUGCGUUGUCAACGAUGCAACAAAUCAUUCAAUGAUAAACGGACAUUAAAAUGCCAUAAUUUAGAAGUGCAUCCACAAAAAGAAAAAUAUGUAACAUGUCAUAUUUGUGGUAAAUCAAUAAUUAAAUAUAAUCUUAAAAAACAUAUAUUAAUCCAUGAAGAUCGUGACAAAAUUCGAUGUGAGUUCUGUUCAAAAACAUUUAUGCUUCAGACAUCGUUAAAUAAUCAUAUUAAACAAGUACAUAAGAAUCAAAAUCCUGCACGUAAUCAUUUAUGUAAUAUUUGUGGACAUGCGACACGAUCACCAGCUGCAUUACGUAUGCAUUUAUUGACACAUACAAACGAACGACCGUAUCCGUGUGAUCAUUGUGAUAAAACGUAUCGACGUGCAAGUCAUUUAAAACAUCAUAUAUCGCACGUACAUUUAAAUGUACGUAAAUUUCAAUGUACAUAUUGUCCACAAGCUUUUUAUGAAAGGAGAAUUUUAGUGCAUCAUGUACGACGACAUACCGGUGAAAAACCACAUAAAUGUGAAGUAUGUGGUAAAACAUUUGCACAAAAAAUUGCUAUGAAAAUUCAUACGAAAACACAUACCAACUCAAGAGAGAGACUCACACAAAAUUAAAUUUAUAUGCGAUGUAAUAUUGGUGAGUCACAUGUGACCUAAGUAUUACGUAAAUAUAACAUUAAUUGCCGAAGAUCUUACAAAUAGAAAUUAUCUAUUAGUCGAAGAAAUAAAGCAAUAAACUGUCGAUUUCGUGAGCAGUAAGAUGGAUCGGGAUGAAAAACUGGAAAAUAAAUAUCGAUGAAAAUGAGACUAAUUUUGUAACUCUUGAAUAUCACAACGAAAAUGGCUCUCGAGGUAUCUGGUGCUACUAUAUGUAACAUAUUUCGUCGCAACUCGUUACUCGGGGGGUUUUCAGGACUGCUGAACACGAAUAUUACUACGAAAAUGGUCCCUAGUGUAUCUGGUGCCCGAGUUUCACGAAAGAGGGACGCCCAGAGACGAAAUAUGUUAAAUAUUUUCGUAAAAUUCCAAGAGACGAGGUGCAUACUGUUCGCGUUGGACACCAGGUACCUCGCGGGUCAUUUUCGUAGUGAUAUUCGUGUUCUGCGGACUCGAUCACCCCGACCAGUAACGACUUUCGACGAAAUGUGUUACAUAUUCUCAAGAGACGAGGUAUAUUUACUUUUAAAGAUUUUCAGAAACCAACUUCACUUUUCUGCCAGUACUCAAUAAGCCUGUUAAUAGGCUUGUUUUGUAUCAGUUCAAGUGAAGAAUUCACACUUCACGGGCAGAAAUGUGAAUUUGUUUUUUGAAAAUCUUUGGAA